AUGCAUACACCCGUGAAGUGUGAGGCAAGCUCUCACACGUUCUAUCACCUACAGGCAAGGGUGUGCAUGUACUGUGACGCUUGUACUGAGAGACACUCUCAAUUUCCUGCAAAGGUAAUAGGUUUGGAAAGAAACUCCAAAUACAGAGUAACCCAUGGCUUUACAUGCAGAAUUUGCAAACUAGGAACUAAUUUCAACAAACGAACAUUUGAAUUCCGCUGUAGAACUUGCAGGAACUGUACCACGUUAUGGAUAGUCGACAAGGAAAGCGAACGUACACAUAGAUCUGAUGCUGCAUGUGGAGACACAAUAGAGUUCUUGAGUUUACACAAACGGCAAGCACCUUCAGAUGAAGUAAAAACAAGAACAUAUCAAGACCCGUCAUCUCAAAACGUUAUACUCCUCAUUUUACUGAGUCUUCUGACGCUUCUCUUCAUCACCACCAUUUUUGCGGUCCUAUGCCGAGCUUACAAUCGCGCAUCCAUGCGGCACUGCAUUAAGAACGCUACAAGGGGAAGUGGACACAAGGAGACUCUUCAAUGUCUGAACAACUUUCAACCAACGAACUUUCAACCUUUUUCGUCACCAGAGUCAACAGCGAUCGACAUAGAUGUUCCGAAAGAAAACGGAGAGACGCGUCCAAAAGGAACAACGCACAAUGCUCAGCGCAACGUUGUAGAAAAUGAACGAAGGAACAGACCCCCAACUUUACACCUAUCCUCGGGGUCUACCAUAGAGCCCGAGUUCAAUUGUAGCUCGUGGAACUUGGCUGCUUCCGAUUUAUUAUCAAGAACACAGUUCACCGUUGGGAACACGAAUAAUGCCCUUUCACGUUCUGUCAUUUGUCAGUUCAGCGACAGGCAUUCUGAACCUGGCAACGAAGACGAAUCCUUGGAUAUGUUAUCUCAGUUUUCCCCUGUUUUAGAAUUAAGAUAUUAGCCUUUAGAAAUGAUGGAGGAAAACAAAAGUGACAUAACAUGAACAUGUUCAGCUGGUUUAUGCGGUUCUAAUUUGGUCGUAUAUUGAAAUAGUUACAUCAAACAGGAUUUUUUUUUUAAGAUAGGUGCUUACUGACUGGCUACGGAAAUAUAUCUUGUUUAUCAAUUUCAUCCUACCUCCAAUGUUUUGGAGGUCCGUGUUGGCUCAAGGUUUGUAUUUUGACCACCACAAACAAACAAAAUCAUCAACGUUUCGUUUUUCCCUAUUAUGACACUUUCCCGAUUUUGACAUUUACCUCGAUUAUGACAUGUCCAGUUGUGACAAGGAGCAUACGGCGGGAGCGACCGGUCAGCAGAGGAUGCUCACUCCUCCCAAGCACCUGAUCCUACCUCUAUCUUUUUAGAGGUCCGUGUUGCUCUGCUUUAAAUUUGUACUUCGUUUAAUGGAUUUUUGAGAUGGUCGACAGUUUGUUAUUGUCAUUUUUCACAGACGGCGAAUAUUUUCACCGCGCCGUCUUUCAGAUUAUCAUCUCGAUAUAUUUCUGUUCUCUAUUAAUUUUCUCCAUUAAGACUUUUAGCUGAAACAUUUAUUCACAAAAAGCUAUUAUCUACGUAAAUCCACGCACAUGAUGAAUGACCAUCUUUAAGUUAUCCUUAAAAGUGGCUUAAAGAUGCUUAAAGGUAGCUUAAAGACGGUCUCUCUACCACCUUUAAGCUACCUUUAAGUUUCAAUGUGGCUUACACGUGUACAUAUAAGCUUAUAUAACUUAAACGUAACAUGACCCUACAUCCGUCCAAUUUUACAAAGUCAAACUUUUGAAUAUUACAAGUCUCACAUUUCAUGUUAGUUAACCUAAGUUGAAAGCUCAAGUGAGCUUUUCUGAUAAAUUUUAGCCCGGUGUUCGUCUGUCUGUCCGUUUGUAAUUAUUAUUUUUUAUUUUCGACCUCACCUUCAGAAACACUGGGUUAAGUGUAAUUAACAUUUUUCAUGCACAUCAAUUUUUUUCAAAUGUCGAAUGACAAAGACAUUUUUUUGUAUAGCCUCUGCUACAAUUUUGAAAAUGUCUACAUCUCAUUUGCCGCAAAAGAGGUUAAUGCAUUAUAAGAAAAAGUAUUUUAUGAUUUAAUAUAAAAAGAAACUUUUAUAUUAAGUUGUGAUUUAAGAUAAUAUUCCGUUUGUUUAAUAAUAUUUGUUAUAAAUUUUAUGUCUUUAUAUCCGGAAGUUCUGCUAUCUGGAUUUACAAAUAUUUGGGCUAUGUUUUAAUUUUUUUCUUUAGUUUAAACGUUUUUCUA